AUGCAGGGGUCUGAGAAACAGCAGAAACUUGUACAGGAACUACCUGUACAGGUAUCUGAAGAGAAAUUGAAGGAAAGUCACAGUUGUACCGAAAAAUCUUCUCUUAAGGGAUUGGAAGAUGGUAACAUAGAUGGAAAGAAGGUGAAACAUUCCUCCUUGCUUACCAAUAGUUCUUCAAGAAAAAGAAAACUGGAAAAUGAUCAUUCUGAUUCCUUAAAACAAACUAAAGUUGACAUUUCCACUCCAUCCUCUUCAGGUGGAGAAAAAUUAAAAAUGACUGUUUCAAGACAAAGAGCAUGUAUUUCCAGUCAUCUUAGUAAAUGCAUAAGGUCACUAAGAAAACCUAAAGCACGUUGUGAAACAUCAGCUUUGGAAGAAACUUCCAGAGGACCAAAUAGUAGUAGUAGUGGGAGACUAAAUGCUUGUAACAGCACUGAAAUGAAAACAAAAAGUACUGUAAGAUUAGAUCAUUUGGAACUUAACGAGGAAGUGCCAGAAUCAGAAAAACAGAUUUCAGAGAAAAAUUCAGGUCUUAUUGGAGAAAGUCAGAAACCAUUUUUAAAAGACAUGCGUUCUAAAGUAUUGCAACGGUUUUCAGAGGUGCAGAAAUGUCUGAGUUAUGGUACCAAGUCAAGAAUGGAACAGGUUUCCACUGUGGCUGAGUCUCAAGAUGGAAGGUCUAAUAAAACAAAAAAAGAACAGAAAUUAAUUUUAGAACAGGAGAAGGUGCAGCAAAAAGAAAAACUGCAGUGCAAACCUGAAGAUAAAUUGGUGCUUAAAGCUCCUGUGGUGCUGAAAACUCCCUCUGCUUCUACAAGUAAUUGCUCUAAACAGUUUGUGCCGUCUUGCUUAGAACCAGAAAGGAGGCCUGUUUGCUUUAAAAUUGCCAAAAAGUCACCCAUUUUGCACUGUUCAAAUGUUUCUUUUGAGAGUGGAAAUAAAAAUAGCAGCUUCUCUAGAUCCAAGUCAGUUAGUGAAAUAAGGAGUCUGUCAAAAGAACUUUGUAUUAACAAAUUGACUGAAAUUACAAAGUCAGAUAAGACUGAAGCAAAACAAAAAGCCUUAAACUUUAAGAAAGACAAAGAAGUGCUUCAGAAGGAGGCCUGUAGUCAAGAUGGCAAAUCCAGGAUGGAGAGUGUACCUGCAAAUAUCAAAACCGAUAAAACUUUGUCUCAAAAAUGUAACAAGGCUGAUAUCAAGGCCAUAGUGGGCUGUCCAACUGUAAAUUUCAAAGAUGAGGGGGGCAUCUGUCAAGUUCCUCCUUCAGUCAGUAAAUGUGGCAUGAAGCAUGUAGCUGUAGAGAUCAGAAAAGAUUCCAUACUUCCUCAAAAAGGUUGCAGGACUGAAAUUCUCCCUUCAGUUACUAAAACCAAAAGGGAUCAUACAGCCUCUCAGUCUGACACUGAAACCCGUCAAAUGCCUACCAUUUCAAAAAGUGAAGACUCUAAUAAAGACAAAUUUUCACAAGUAAACUCGGACUCUUGUAGGCGUAGAAGUAGUAAUGUCAUUCCAGACUGUUACUCUUCUGUUUUUCCAAAGAGGGUGCAACACACUACAUCAUGUUGGUCUACCCCCUCCUGCAUGGCGUCUGAGGCACAAAGCCCAUCCACAUUGGGUCAACAUGCUAUGAAUGAAGAUGAAGAGAUGCAUAUUGUUGAAGAACUCCAAGCUGCACGCUCAGAAAAAAAGUUAGAAGUAUCUCUUCAGCAGAGCUAUGGGGAACUUACUAAAAUGGAAAUUGAUUCCCCUGAUGAAGUGAUUUGUAGUGAUUCAGGUGGCAAGACUGCUGCUCCAGAUCUUCUUAUUGUCCUUGACACCAACAUUCUCUUAAGCCACCUGAAAUUCAUCGAGAUUGUUAAAACUAGCGGAAUAACAGGUGUUGGCUUUCCUGUGUUUGUUAUACCUUGGGUUGUUUUACAAGAACUGGAUGCAAUGAAGCAUGGAGAAUUGUCAAGGCAUAUCAUGAGAAAGGCCACCCCUGCAGUUCAUUUCAUAUACACUUGUCUCAAACAGCAAGAUCGUCAGUUGAGGGGUCAGUCGAUGCAGCUUGCUUCUCAAGAAACUCGUGGACUUCUUAUGGAGAACAAUGAUGACCGUGUACUCCAGUGCUGUCUGCAGUUUCAGGAUCUUUAUCCUGUUGCACUUAUAAUAUUGUGCACAGAUGAUAAAAAUCUGAAUAGUAAAGCCUUAGUAAGUGGAGUUAAAGCUGUAAAUAAGGUGGAUCUUGUAUCUGAACUGCAAAAAAUGAAAUCUGGUAGCAGCCUAAAAUGUGAAGACGUUCCUGUUGUCAGAGCAGCUGAAUCAGGUUAG